UCUUCAUCGUAUUCAUGGUAUGAGUAGUAAUACCACUAGUCACACCUUACACCUGCGUUCCACGUUUCACUUGUAAAGAUUUACCACCAGCAGAGGUUUUAGAUCAUUGGAGGCAAUCGUUUUCUGUGAGGAAAUUGAUAACAAAUACGAAAAUAGAAAAAUACUUGGAUGACUGGCCUGUACUAAAAACGCAGCUAGCAUAUGAACUGAUGUCCUAUGAUUUUGAACAAAUUCACAAAUCUGCUAAUUUGCCACUGCAAGAACAAUUUGACAAUUUAUUUGACAAAGUAUUUUAUUUAAAACAUGGCAGUUUGAACUCAACAGACAUCGCUACACUCUUAAAAAAAUAACAACAGAUUUCAACUCUCUAAAACUAUGCCUCUUGUCAAGUCUCCUUCCAUCCAAGGCAAGAACUAGAUUGAAAAACAAGAAACAGUGGAAGCCAUCCAUAGCUAAGACUCGAGAUGCAAUAUAUUGUGUGCAU